GCUCGGCCCGCGGGCGGCGGGAAGCGCUGGCAGCCGCCGGCCCCAUCCCAUGGAGUCCCAGCUGUUCGCCUGGGGUGAAAACAGCUAUGGACAACUUGGUCUUGGUCAUAAAGAGGAUGUGCUGGUUCCUCAGGCCCUGAAAGAUGUUUCCUGCAAAUGUCAAGACAUUGAAAGCAUUGCUGGAGGAGGGGGACAUUCUGCAGUUAUAACUGGUGCAGGACAACUCUUUGUACGUGGCCACAACAAAGACGGGCAGUUGGGACUGAAUCACACAGAGGAUGUGCUGAGUUUUACUUUGUGCACUGUCCUGUCUGGCUUUUGUGUAAAACAGGUUGCAUGUGGCUGGGAUUUUACAAUCAUAUUAGUAGAAUCUGGCCUAGUGCUGUCCUGUGGGUCAAACUCCUUUGGACAACUGGGACUUCCUCAAGUUUCAGGCCCAUGCUUGAUUCCACAAAAGAUUGAGUCUCUCAAAGAGAAAGUGGUGAGUGUUGCUGCAGGACUGAUACAUGCCCUUGCUGCUACAGACAGCGGUUUGGUACUGCAGUGGGGAGCUGGGAUGGCAUCACGGGCAAAGCGUGCCAGCCAAGGAAAAGCCCUCCCUGUGUUCUUGACAGCAAAGGAGCCCUGGGAAGUGGCAGGCCUGGAAGAUGUAAAGGUGAAGGCAGUUGCUGCAGGUUCCUAUCAUUCGGUGUCCCUCACAGAUAAAGGACAUCUGUAUAUCUGGGGCAGCAACAAACACAGGCAGCUGGUGAGCAGAAACAUCUUUCUUGCUGAGCCCAACAAGAUUGACACUCAGUGUUUCUCACAUGAAAAGAUUGAAGCAGUUUGGAGUGGCUGGACUCACCUGGUGGCACGGACAGUUGCACAAGAUGAAAGAAAAACGUGUACAUCAAACAUAUUGAAUGAUUAUGGGCAGCUGAAAGGAGGAAAGUAACUUAUAGAUGUAGAGGAAAGAAGAAGAGAAACUGGUGACAGUAAGUGGUGGUGAUGAAAUUGUGGCCUUGUAGACCAACCCCUGUAAGGACAGAGGGGUUGAUGGAUGUAACAGGAAAAUACAUCUGCAAAGUGUUACAGCCUGUUUUAGGUUGGAGCCAUUGCAACAAUCCAGGCUGCAGAUUCAGAAUAGCAUCUAAGCUUGAUGCUGGUCAAAAGUAUCUUUGUUUAACAAGAUGGAAAUUGUUAACAUGGAAAUUAUUGCUGAAAAGAGUCCUGGGUCUUUUGUUGUUCAAAGCUUGGAAAGUCUUCAAAAUGUCAGUCAGUGGUAGACAGGUUCUUUAGUGCAUUUUAGCAUAAUGCAGCUGUAGUAAUAAUGAUGGAAGUACUAGGAAGCUAAUGUCGGUGGAGAAAUUGAAUUUUGUGUACUAAUUCCAGGAACAAUCAGAUUCUUGCUUUCAUGUGAUGAGUUGAUAACUGAAGUUUGAUACACGAUUGUUAUUCUAUGUAAUUACUUGUUUGGGAACAUUUUUAACUGUAGAUUUUUGAGCGCUUUAUAAAGGAGGUCAGCAUAAUUAUCCCCAUAAUUAUGGGCAAGACAGAUGAAGAAAGGAAUUCUAUGCUAAUGAGAGCUGGAAAUGAAGCAGCACUCCAUCCACAUAGAUGUUUUUGAUUGCUGUGACUGAUGCGUUGAGAUGCCAAGUAAAGAAUUUCCUUAAUUUUCUAAAGUGUGGUUUGACAGAGGUAGAGAAAAGCAGCUAUUUGGUAUUCAACCUGCUUUCCAUGCUCUAAUUUUUUAGGUUUUGUUAAGUGUCCACAAAGGUGGCAUUUUCUUUAUUUCCAUAUCUAGUGUAGUAUAUUUCCUAAUUAUCCUUCUCCAGUUAAACCUUGUUUUGAACUUGUUAAGUCCUAUUAAGUUUAUGGCUGAAUAUAAGAAAAGAUUUUUCCUUUUGCCUUCUCCCUACUUGCUCAGUGUCACAUGCUUGUAUUAAUUGUCAGGCUGGUGCUUCUGAAUGUUGACUGAAGAGCAAUCUUGCUUCUUGCUGAAUUGAUGAGGUAAAAAUGUACUGCUGGCAGAUUCCUUCAGCAGUACAUGAAAGUAAAGCACUGAGUUUGAACAACCUUCUCUCUGCUUAUGUCGUUUUAAGUAAAAAAUAAAGCACUGAGUUUGAACAACCUUCUCUCUGCUUAUGUCGUUUUAAGCUUUCUGCCUUCUAGGCAGAAAUCUCUGGAAAAAUGGGUUGGGGAAAGAAAUUCUAGAAGAAAGUUAGAAUAAAUGAAGAACUUUGCAUAUGUAAAGAACACCAUAUGUCUAUCUAAGCUGUGUGCUAUGCUCAUUGAAUUCAAUGGGGGAAUUAUCAGUGCUGGAAGC